ACGCGACCGGCCGUAAAUCAUCGAAAGAGGUCAGCAACGGGGAAUCUAUAAAACGACGGGCGCAGAAGAUACUGUUUUGCCGCCACUGAUCUGACCACCACCAGCAGCUGCUACAUCCAGCACAAGCACAAGCAGCGCCUGCCAUUUCCGACCAGAAACCGCGGCCGCCGAGAAGAGACCAGAGACACAAUGACGCCGGCACCAAACGCAGUCAAGGGCGACAGCAACGGAGCGCUGGCCGCGGGAAGGCAUGCGCCCGUCUCGUCGCUCGGCUUCUCCACCAGGGCCAUCCACGUCGGCUCGGAGCCGUCCGAGGACACGGGCGCCGUCAUUCCGGCCAUCAGCCUGAGCACCACGUACGCACAAAAGGGCGUCGGUGGCUUCAAGGACUACGAGUACUCGCGCUCGGGCAACCCGAACCGGGACUCGUUUGAGCGCGCCCUCGCCUCGCUCGAGGGCGGCCGCUACGGACUGGCGUUUUCGUCGGGCAGCGCAGUCACCUCGACGAUUCUCAGCGCUCUCCCGCCGAGGAGCCACAUCGUCUCGGUCAAUGACGUCUACGGGGGCAGCUACCGCUACUUUACCAAGGUCGCCAGCACCGCCCAGGGCAUCGAGACGACGUUUGUCGAGAUGGGCGUCGACGCCGAGGUGGUCGAGGCCAACCUCCGCGCGGCCAUCACAAAGGAUACCAAGCUCGUCUGGGUCGAGACACCAACCAACCCAACGCUGCGCCUGAUCGACAUUCCCCUCGUGGCUCGCAUCGCAAAGUCGAUCAACCCAAACGUGACGAUCGUCGUCGACUCCACCUUCCUCUCGCCCUGGUUCCAGACACCGCUGAGCCUGGGUGCCGACAUUGUCGCCCACUCGAUCACAAAAUACAUCAACGGCCACAGCGACGUCGUCAUGGGCGCCCUCGUGACCAACAGCUCGGCGUGGCACGAGAAGCUCAAGUUCCUGCAGAACAGCAUCGGCGCCGUCCCCUCUGCCUUUGAUUCGUGGCUCGCCCUGAGGGGUCUCAAGACGCUUUCGCUCCGCAUGCGCGCCCACGGCCAGUCUGCCCUUACGAUUGCCAACCACCUCGCGCGCCACCCGGCCAUCGAGACAGUCAUCUACCCCGGCCUGCCCUCGCACCCGUCCUUUGCCCUUGCUCAGCGCCAGGUCGCGGAGCGCGCAAGGCCGCGCGAGGACCCGUCCAGCAGCGGAUUCGCCUACGGCGGUAUGGUCACCUUCCGGCUCAAGAGCGACCCCAAGGAUGACGCACCAGCCAACAAGAUCCUCGAGCAGCUCCGCAUCUUUACCCUUGCCGAGUCGCUCGGCGGCGUCGAGAGCCUGAUUGAGCUCCCGAGCAAAAUGACGCACGCCGCCGUCUCGCAGGAGGACAGGGACAAGCUCGGCAUCGGCCACAACCUCAUCCGUGUCUCGAUUGGCCUCGAGGAUGUCGAGGACCUCAUUGCUGAUCUCGACCAGGCCUUCCAGGCUGCCGGGCUCGCAUAGAAGACUCGAACGGACACUCAAUCACUACUAGAUGGGGGUUUGAUGCAGCAACCGAUAGAAAUGCUGGCCAAGACCUGUCAUGUACUGUACUAGACGCUACACAUGCAUACUGAGACGCUUCUCAAAGAAGCAAGCUACCAACUAAUCUGAUAUCUUUACCGGCUCCACU